CUGUGAACUUCACAGAAGUUAAUGAAGAAAACAAAAACGUUAUCUUCCGUGAAGUGUUUUCUUCCAUUGAAACUUUGGCAUUUACCUUUGGGAAUAUCCUUACAAACUUCCUUAUGGGAGAUGUAGGCAAUGAUUCAUUACUACGACUGCCUGUUUCUCAGGAAAGUAAGUCUUUUGAAAACAUUUCUGUGGAAUCAGUGGACUCGUCCAAUGAAAAAGGAAAUUUUUCUCCAGUAGAACUAGACAGCGUGCUGUUAAAGAACACUGACUCUGUAGAUUUGGCUUUGUCAUAUGCUAAAACAUGGUCAAAAUAUACCAAGAACAUAAUUUCAUGGGUUGAGAAAAAGCUUAACUUGGAAUUGGAGUCCGCUAAAAAUAUUGUAAAGUUGGCAGAGGCAACAAGAACUAACAUUGGAGUACAGGAGUUUAUGCCACUGCAGUCUCUAUUUACCAAUGCUCUUCUUAGUGAUGUAGAGAGCAGUCACCGUUUACAACAAACAAUUGCAGCUCUCCAAGCCAACAAAUUUGUGCAGCCUCUACUUGGUAGGAAAAGUGAAAUGGAAAAACAAAGGAAAGAAAUAAAAGAACUUUGGAAACAGGAACAAAAUAAAAUGCUCGAAACAGAGACUGCUCUUAAAAAGGCAAAAUUGUUGUGUAUGCAACGUCAAGAUGAAUAUGAAAAGGCAAAAUCUUCCAUGUUUCGUGCAGAAGAGGAGCAUUUGUGUUCAAGUGGUGGACUAGCGAAAAAUCUCAACAAGCAACUAGAAAAAAAACGAAGAUUGGAAGAGGAGGCUCUUCAAAAAGUAGAAGAAGCAAAUGAACUCUACAAAGUUUGUGUGACAAGCGUUGAAGAAAGACGAAAUGAUCUAGAAAAUACCAAAAGAGAAAUUUUAGCACAGCUCCGAACACUU